AUGGCUUCCAUGUCCACCGCCUUCGCUAAAACAACCCCUUUCCUAUCUCAACCUCUCACCAAAUCCCACAAAUCCGAUUCCGUAACCACAUCCAUUUCAUUCCCCUCGUAUUCGAAAUCUCGCAGCCUAAGAUCCUCCUUCCGAGUACGAGCCGGGCUAAUCAAGCCGGACGGCGGGAAACUGGUGGAGCUCGUUGUACCGGAGCCGCGACGACGGGAGAAGAAACACGAGGCGGCGGAUUUGCCGCGGGUGAAAUUGACGGCGAUCGAUUUACAGUGGAUGCACGUGUUGAGCGAAGGCUGGGCAAGUCCGCUCCGAGGGUUCAUGAGGGAAUCUGAGUUCCUCCAAACUCUUCAUUUCAAUUCGCUUCGCCUCGACGACGGAUCCGUCGUUAACAUGUCCGUCCCGAUCGUUCUCGCGAUCGACGAUGAACAGAAAGCCCUAAUCGGAGAAUCGAAACGCGUCGCUCUCGUCGAUUCCGAUGAUAAUCCAAUCGCUAUCCUCAGCGACAUUGAGAUUUACAAACAUCCGAAAGAAGAGCGAAUAGCGAGAACUUGGGGCACGACGGCGCCGGGCUUGCCUUACGUGGAAGAAGCGAUAACCAAUGCCGGAAACUGGCUCAUUGGUGGUGAACUUGAGGUUCUUGAGCCAGUCAAGUACAACGACGGGCUUGACCGGUUCAGGCUCUCGCCGUUGGAGCUCCGGAAAGAGCUGGAGAAACGUGGCGCUGAUGCGGUCUUCGCCUUCCAGCUGAGAAACCCUGUUCACAACGGACACGCGCUUCUCAUGACGGACACUCGCCGGAGACUUCUUGAGAUGGGAUACAAGAACCCGAUCCUUCUGCUACAUCCGCUUGGAGGGUUCACCAAAGCGGACGAUGUUCCUCUGAGCUGGAGAAUGAAACAGCACGAGAAGGUGUUGGAGGAUGGUGUUCUUGAUCCGGAGACGACUGUGGUUUCGAUAUUCCCGUCUCCGAUGUUGUACGCUGGUCCAACGGAAGUGCAGUGGCAUGCAAAGGCUAGGAUCAAUGCGGGUGCUAACUUCUACAUUGUGGGUAGAGAUCCGGCUGGGAUGGGUCAUCCGGUGGAGAAACGUGAUCUGUAUGAUGCUGAUCAUGGGAAGAAAGUACUGAGCAUGGCUCCUGGACUCGAACGGCUCAAGAUUCUUCCUUUCAGGGUUGCUGCGUAUGAUAAGACACAAGGCAAGAUGGCUUUCUUUGAUCCUUCAAGAGCUCAAGAUUUCUUGUUCAUCUCUGGGACUAAGAUGAGAGGAUUAGCGAAGAACAAAGAAAGUCCUCCAGAUGGAUUUAUGUGUCCUGGAGGCUGGAAGGUGCUUGUUGAUUACUACGACAGUUUGAGUGUAACCGGAAAUGCCAGAAUUCCGGAGAAAGUUCCGGUUUAA